CUUCCCGAUGAUGACAGGUUGGAUGACAAGAACUCUGUGGACAACCCCCCUCUCCCCGAUAAUGUGACGAAAGAGGAGGACAACACGCUAUAUUUCAUAUAUGACGAGGAGGUAGAGGUGGAAGACAAAGAGGAACCAGCUCCUGCAGAACCAGUCGAACCGGUCAACGACAGACCUCACAAGUUCAAGGACCACUACUGCAAGAAACCAAAGUUUUGUGACGUCUCACGCAUGAGAGUUUAGAACAAUAAGUUUGCGUUGCUUUGUAAGAACUGCAAAACCAGCAUCCACCACCAGAGUCAGUCCUACGUGGAGUUCCAGAAGUGUUAUCGAGUACUACCCUCCUCUCCUCUCCUCUCCUACAGUUCUCCUCUCUACAGCAGCCAGCAGAAUACCACAGUCUCACAGCUGCUGCCUUUUUGUGAGUCCAACUUGUUAAUCUUCAGUCAGUCUCACUACUAUCUGGCUCUGUACCGCUUCAAAGCCGUAGAGAAAGAUGAUCUGGAUGUUCAUGCUGGUGACCGCAUCACAGUGAUAGAUGACUCCAAUGAGGAAUGGUGGAAGGGGAAGAUCAGAGAGAGAACCGGCUUCUUCCCUGCCAACUACAUCCUCCGAGUGUGAGCAGGAGAGGGGGUCUACAUGGUGACACGAGAGAUGGGCCAAAUCACUCUGAAGAAAGACUAGAUUGUAGUGAAGAACGGCGAGGAGUUCAACGGCCACCUGAAGGUCAGUACAGGAAGGAAGCUCGGCUUCUUCCCCGCCAACCUUCUGCAGGAGAUCUGA